AGAAGUAGCCUACACAAAGAGGUCCCUGGGGAGUGACAGGCAUCCAGCCUGAGAAGAUGUCUUUUUGGAAUGGGUCUUAGGGGCACAGUGGUGGGGGCUUGGUCUUCAGUUGGAAGCUAUAAUCUGGUGCCUGGCAUGGCUAUUGUUUAGAGCUGUGGCAGUGUUUAGAGGUGGAGGCCAGAGGCCAGAGACCAGGCAGCUACAGAGGUCUCCUGAGUUUGACCGGGGCAGGGUGAGGUGGUUACCCAACUUGAGGAAGAGGAGAGACAGUGACCUGCCUGCCUGGGGGGUGACUGCUGAUUUAAUGCCAGUUCCCAUUCAACUGUAGGUGGCACCCACUGCUUCAGCCUCCCGAAGCUUCUGUCACCUUCCCAGAUCGCAGGGUGACUUGGUCAGGGCCCUGGAUGGGACACUGAGAAUCCAAGGCCAUCCGAUCUAACUUUUAGGUUCUCCUGCAUCCUGUGUGUCUUGCCAUCUCUUCUCGGACCCUGCAAUCACCCACCGAGGCAGGCCUGAACACGCACUGAGACCCACUGGGGCCAGCCCAGGCUGAGUCCUCGCUUUCUCUUAAGUAAUCAGUACAGGGCCCAGCUGGGAGCAGCACCAGCUCAGGCCUGGCUCCUCACAGUCACAUGAAAUCCUCAAAGUCACGUGAAAGCCAGUCUUCAAAUCCUUUUUUUUUUUCUUUUUUUUCUGACCCAUGCAGCUUCUCCUCGUGUUCUCACACGCUGCUUCAGAUUAGUGGGAACUUGACAGUUUCCUCAAAGAUCAACUGGAAGGAGAAAAUAGCAUUUGGGGUCUUGUCUGUCUCCCUGUAGAUGAUAUUCCUUGGUGGGAGGGUGCUGAAGUUCCAGGCCUCACUCAUACGUACCAAAGAUGUCAUGAAGGACGUGAGGUGCUAGAGUCAGAAUACUUUGGAUCCAGCCUUUGUCGCCUCACUGGCUGUGGGACUCUGGACAAGCCGGUGAGCCUCUUAGGCUGAACAGCUGAAAGACAAGUACAAUGCCAUCACAUUCCCUGGUUUUGCUGGGUGAUCAGACAUAAUAGCUGAGGAUGUGUGGGACAGGCUGAGGUUUCCGUUGGUGACACCCGAUACAUCUUUUAGGCAUUUUUGUUUGGUUGGUUUUUUGUUUUGAAACAGGGCCUUACUACAUAGCCCUGGCUGCCCUAGAACUCACUGUGUGAAUCCGACUCACAGAUUGCCCUGCCACUGUCUCUUGAGUGCUGAGAUUGCAGGCAUGCAUGUGACAGGCGGCCAGUACCUGGCGCAUCUUACUAUAGUACCUGAUCCGGGGGGGAGGGGAAAGAAGCAAAGUCCUAACUCCCCCUCCCUGCCCACGAGGACACACAGGAAAACACAUCAUUAAAGCCCAGCAUUGCCAGCCCUAAGCAGCUGUCCACACUGCCUGUUGGUGCCACCAUGUUGUGCUCCCUGCUGCUGCUGCUCCUGGCCACGGGCAGAGUGCAGACAACUCGGCCGUGCUUCCCGGGAUGCCAGUGUGAAGAAGAGACCUUCGGCCUCUUUGACAGUUUCAGCCUGACUCGGGUGGACUGCAGCAACCUGGGCCCCCACAUCGUGCCUGUGCCCAUCCCUCUGGACACAGCCCACCUGGACCUGUCUUCCAACCGGCUAGAAACCGUGAAUGAGUCCGUGCUGGCAGGGCCAGGCUAUACCACGUUGGCUGGCCUGGAUCUCAGUCACAACCUGCUCACCAGCAUCACGCCCACUGCCUUCUCCCGCCUACGCUAUCUGGAGUCCCUUGACCUCAGCCACAAUGGCCUGGCAUCCCUGCCAGCAGAGGUUUUUACCAGCUCCCCCCUGAGUGAUAUAAACCUGAGCCACAACCGACUACGAGAGGUCUCAGUUUCUGCCUUCACCACGCACAGCCAGGGCCGGGCGCUGCACGUGGACCUAUCCCACAACCUUAUCCACCGCCUGCUGCCCCAUCCAGCCCGGGCCAGCCUGCCAGCACCUACCAUUCAGAGCCUGAACCUGUCCUGGAAUCGGCUCCAGGCUGUGCCCGACCUCCGAGACCUGCCCCUUCGUUACCUGAGCCUGGAUGGGAACCCUCUGGCUGCCAUCAACCCAGGUGCCUUCAUGGGAUUGGCAGGCCUCACCCACUUGUCACUGGCCAGCCUACAGGGUAUCCUCCAGCUGGCCCCUCACGGCUUCCGUGAGCUCCCAGGCCUGCAGGUCCUGGACUUGUCAGGCAACCCCAAGCUCAAGUGGGCAGGAACUGAGGUGUUUUCAGGCCUGGGCUUGCUGCAGGAGCUAGACCUGUCGGGCACCAGCCUGGUGCCCCUACCUGAGAUGCUGCUCCACCACCUCCCUGCUUUGCAGAGCGUCAGCGUAAGCCAAGAUGUGCGGUGCCGGCGCCUGGUGCGCGAGGGCGCCUACCACCGGCAGCCGGGCUCCGGCCCUAAGGUGCUCCUACGGUGUGGAGACACCCAGGAAUCUACUGUAAGGCGCCCAGACAUCUUGUGACGAAUGGUGUGGCCAGGGGCCACUUGACAGACCGCUGUCCUGGGCUUGCUCAGGUCCCAGCUAACAUAUUUUAAUGUGCCAAUGCCUGUGGAGAGUUUACAGGCCUAAGCGGCGGCAUCUCGGUAAAGUUGUGGGGCCAGGGAUAGUUUUCGUACCUGGGGGCCUGUACCCAGUAACAGAAUCUACCCAUGUGUCUUGGUGGCUCACCUCCCAGGACUGUGAGCAGAGGGGCUUCGAUGCCAAACCAGACCUUGGUCCCUUCCUGAGCACUGCCUCAGUUGUCCCUAAGUGCCUUUCCUUUUGCCUGGGCUGACCUGACUCAUGAUGUCAGGAGGGUGGGCACCACUACUGCAAAUACCGAAGCAGGUCUCCCAGGCCGAAGGUCCCUCAGCCCAGUAUCUACUCACAUCUUUGCUCUGGGCCCAUGAGGCCUGCUCCUUCCUUUUCUCAUGGAAUCCUGGGUAGAAUCUUCACUACAGGAGGACCUAGAGGGAAAAUCAAAUCUGCCCUCCCUGAGGGCAGAUAUGAGUAACCAAGAGCAGCCAACCUGCUGACCUGGAGCUUUGGCGAGGUGUGAAGAGUCCAGCCUCCUGCUGAGGUUGGGGCCUGUGUCCUUUCCUCUCCGAUGUCCAGCCCCUCCCCUGCUGGGCGGCCUGUGGCUGCUGUCUGAGCUCCUUCCCGCUGUGCCAGGAGCAGGCAACAGCAAGGUUGCAGAGGUGGGACCCUAGGUCCAGCAGCCGGCUUAUGGUAUGAGGGAGUCAGCCCACCUCGCGGAGCCUCAGGAAGCGUGGGACAUACUAGUCCCAAGCCUGUUAGUUUCUUGCUCUGGGGUGGUGGUCCCGCAGCAUCAAGACUGGAAACGUGCACAUUUUCCCUGGGGACACCGUCUCAAGAUGCUUUCCUCAGAAGUCAAUGCAAUGGUGGCCGUCUGGCCGUGAGCUCCCGUGGACUUGGUGUCCAUGGGCCACCAUCCGAAGGCCCGUUUCACCCUCCCGGAGUACAGCAGGAAGGCUCUCCCUCCAUGUUCAUUAUGCUCACCCCCAGGGCCACGUCUCAGCUCUCCAGCCUUGGGUUCUUUCCUUUGUCUUCAUUUUAUAAGAGUCAUUGCCUUUUUUUUUUUUUUUUUUUUUUUUUUUUUUUUUUAAUGAACUGUCACUUUCAACCCUCUCCUCUGCUGGCCGGGGAUGGAAAAGAAGAUAAAUGUAUUUGUUCACUUUUGUAAGACCAUGUGCCGGGUGUGUGCUGGGGUUUGUGGGGAGAAGCCGGUUAUCAGUGACCGUGUGGGCAUUGGGGCUGGUCCCACAGGAUGCUAACGGGUCAGUGAGAGCUCUGUGUUCCCACACCAGCCCUAGCCGAGCCCCCGACCGGUCUUUGGUUUAAUAAACACAUGUAAGAGUUCUUUC